CAUAUGAACUUGUCCCAGAAGCUUACAGACAAAGGUUUCGUGGUUUGAGAAAAACAGAAAAUCAGAGUUAUGCAGAGUUUGGUCACAGCAUUUCCACAUCAUUUAAUCGUUGGUGUACAUCACAAAKAGUAACUACUUUUGACGAACUGCGUCAGUUGGUUUUGUUGGAGCAGUUUAAAAACUGUCUUCCAGAAAAAAAUAACAACUUACUGUAUCUCAAUGAACAAAAGAUUCGCCAAGUCAGACACAUCUCAUAG